UUUCUCUGUCCAGAAAGGGGCCCCGUGGGCCCAAAGCGGGAGGGCCCCACCAUGAUGAACAACCUCCCUUUCGAGGAGACCUCUCUGGACGGGCUGGACCCCUCCUUGACGCUCCACGGAUCCAGUGACAUCGACACAGCGCUCCUCAGCGACAUUGACGAUAUGCUGCAAUUGAUCACCACGGAAGAUGGGGAUUUUCCUGGUUUGUUCGAUGGUCCGUUCUGCAGAAACGCCCCUCCGGAACCGAACCCCCAUGGGCCCAGCCUCUUCAGCACUUAUCCAGGGUCAAGCAACCCACCUUCCGCCAGCUUGUUCCCGCUUCCAUUGCAGGCCCCAGGGAGCUUCCCUCUGGCCCCAAACGUUGGGCCGAAUGCUGACCAGGCUCCGAUGGACAUCAAGGAGGAACCCGCAGCUCCGGCGCCCGCUCCGCCCCUGGCCCAGCUCCCUACAGUCAGGAGUGCAACCCCACAUUUGGUUCCGGCCCCCCAGGACCACUUUGUCGGGCAACCCUUGACGGGCUUCCCGAGGCAGAAAGAUUCUGUACUUGGCACUUUUAUCCCCUAA